UGGACUGUAAUCGACAGCCAUGGCCUCCAUGGCUUCUUCUAAGUUCUUCACAAGCUUCUUCUUCAUCCUCGUAUUAUGUCUCAAAGUCACAGCUAAAAAUACCUACAUUGUUCACAUGAAACAUCAAGAGAAGCCUCUUCCUUUUGAAACUCACCAUGAUUGGUACAGUUCAAGCUUGCAAUCACUCUCCGACUCCCCAUCGGAUUCCCUUCUUUAUUCCUACACUGCUGCAUUCAAUGGCUUCGCCGCCUCUCUCGAUGAAGAGCAAGCUGAGUCCCUUGGCAGAUCAGAUUCAGUUCUGGGUGUUUAUGAAGACACCGUUUACACUCUCCACACAACUCGUACCCCGCGAUUCCUCGGCAUUGACUCUGAGAUGGGACGCUGGGCUGGCCCUAACACCCAGCAACUCGAACAAGCUUCUCGGGAUGUUAUUAUUGGUGUUCUGGACACCGGAGUUUGGCCGGAAUCUAAGAGCUUCGACGACGCCGGCAUGCCGAAGAUUCCUUCUAAUUGGCGCGGUGAGUGUGAGUUGGCAUCUGAUUUUGGUCCCAAGUUUUGCAACAGGAAGCUCAUCGGCGCUCGAAGCUUUUCCAAAGGUUACCAUAUGGCGACCGGAAGUGGCGGAAUUUUCAAGAGAACCAAACAAAUCGAGUCCCCGCGUGACAGAGAUGGUCACGGGACCCACACAGCCAGCACCGCAGCUGGUUCUCACGUGGCCAAUGCUAGCCUCCUAGGAUACGCCAGAGGGAUUGCUCGUGGGAUGGCGACUCACGCACGCGUCGCCACCUAUAAGGUUUGUUGGGAAACUGGUUGCUUUGGAUCCGAUAUUCUUGCCGGAAUGGAUCGGGCCAUUCAAGACGGCGUCGACAUCCUCUCCAUGUCUCUCGGCGGGGGAUCCGGGCCAUAUUACCGCGAUUCCAUCGCUCUCGGAGCUUUCGUGGCGGUACAGAGGGGUAUUUUCGUCUCUUGCUCUGCUGGCAACAGUGGGCCCGUCAAGGCUACGCUUGCCAACGUGGCACCUUGGAUUAUGACCGUUGGCGCCGGGACUUUAGAUCGAGAUUUUCCCGCUUAUGCCGUUUUAGGGAACAAAAUCGGCUAUAACGGCGUCUCGCUUUACAACGGUCGAGGAAUGGGGAAAAAAUCGGUCCGUUUGGUUUACAACAAAGAUAACAGUUCCAGUAAUUUAUGUCUCCCCGGUUCACUAGACCCGGCUUCAGUUCGUGGGAAAAUAGUGGUUUUGCGAUAGAGGCACGAAUGCCCGAGUGGAAAAAGGAGUGGUUGUGCGCGACGCCGGGGGGUGGGAAUGAUAUUAGCAAAUACACCAGCUAGCGGUGAGGAAUUGGUGGCCGACAGUCACUUGCUACCUGCCAUGGCGGUGGGGAGGAAAAUCGGUGACUUGAUUAGGAAAUACGUACGGUACCAUUCUAACCCAACUGCAAAGCUUGUUUUCAGUGGGACCGUCUUGAAUCCGGCCUUCACAUGUCGUUGCGGCGUUUAGUUCCCGGGGACCCAAUAUGGUGACACCGCAGAUACUGAAGCCAGAUAUCAUUGGUCCUGGAGUUAACAUAUUGGCCGCGUGGUCUGAGGCUAUUGGUCCAACCGGGUUGGUUAAAGACCCGAGGAGGACUGAGUUCAACAUCAUGUCAGGUACGUCGAUGUCCUGCCCACACAUCAGUGGGCUAGCAGCAUUGCUGAAAGCAGCUCAUCCAGAAUGGAGCCCAAGUGCAAUCAAAUCGGCUCUAAUGACCACUGCCUACCCCCAAGACAACGGCUAAAUUACAUAACUGACACUGUUUGCUUUAAAUUUUCUAUUUCUGACAUCGUUUGACCAAUAUUUCCAG